CUCAAAACUUCUCGAUCGCAACUGUCCCUCCAGGAUUACACCCACUAUUGACCGUGAAAUCACACAAAUAUUCUAGCCAAACAUCUGUCUCUCAACUAUGACAACAUCGACCACCACCCCCCGCACUAUCGCUGUACUGGGCGCAACGGGCAAUCAAGGGAGCGGAGUUGUCCGUGCCUUAUUGCAGAAAAGCCCGCAUCACCCAGCCUCGUUCACCGUUCGUGCUGUGACACGUGAUCCCGGCUCCCCCCAAGCAGAACGAUUGCGCGCCGUCUAUCCAGAAGAAGAAGUCUCUGGCCGACUACAGCUCGUGCCUGGCGACGUCUAUGACGUCACAAGCCUAGAGCGCGCCUUCGACGGGGUCUGGGGCGUGUUUGCAGUCACAAAUAAUCGUCUCCCCGGGCAAAUGAUUGAAACCGAAGAGGACCUUGAGCAUGAGCUGGUAGCGGGAAGGAAUAUCGUGGCCGCUGCCAAAGUAUCUGGGGUGCGUCAUUUUGUUAUCAGCAGUCUACCCAAUCUGGCGGACGCGAGCAAGGGGCAAUUUCAAAAGGUAUUCCAUUUCGACCAUAAAUUUCAAAUUGAGCAACUCGCAAAGAGCGAGUUGACCGCCGUGACGGCUUUGCGGCCUGGCUUACUUGUUGUGCCGCGCGAAGGGCUGUUUUACACGAAUGUACAAUGGGUGCAAUACUGCCAGCGAAACGAAAACGGGAUCGUCCGUUUUUGUCCGCCGGUUCCCGGGAACAAAACCGCUGAUUGGACCGAUCCAAGCUAUGAUAUCGGCAUAUAUGCAGCUGGCACGUUGGACCCAAUACCACAAUCUACCCUCGUUAUAUCUUACGUGGUCAGCUCUAAGAUGCGCUUUGCUGAUCUUCCGGCCAUUUUUUCGACCGUGCGAUAUCAACCGGCAAUUUUCGAUCCUAUCAGUCUAGAUGAUUGGGGUGCCACAGUCGCAAGGACGGUUGGGAAGGGGUAUGAAGAGGACAUCAGGCAAAUGAUGGAAUGGAUUGCUGUUGCGCCAGAUGAGAAAAUUUGCUAUGGGACCAUGACCCCCCAGGAGGAUUGCUCCGGGGCGGAUCUUGGAGUGCGGGUUAGUACAUUUGAGGAGUGGUUGAGGAGGUCAGGAUGGCAAGGACCAUGA